AUGUCCACUUUUGUCAUCGAACAUAUGGAGGAGGGCUUCUCCGACUGGGUCAAGCUCGAGUACGCCGCCAUCGCCUCCGAUGUCGGCUCCGACAAGUUCUACCUCUCUUCUCUGCCCAAGGGCACAGAGCUUCCCGAGAUCCUGAUCAAGGCCGAAGUCCAGGGCACCGAGACUGAGAUCACCAAAUUCGAGACUGUCAUCCCCAGCUUUGACAAGUCCCGGGUCUGUCUUCUUGAUCCCUCGGCUGAAGAGACUCUUUCUCCUGAGGACGGAGACAAGUUCGACAUCUUCCUGUUUGGAGGUAUUCUCGGUGACCAUCCUCCUCGAGAUCGGACUGGCGAGCUUCGAAAGUACGGAUUUGCCGGCCGAAACCUGGACAAGUUCCAAAUGACCACAGACACCGCUGUGCGGGUGACCAAGAAGGUGGUGGACGACAAGAUCCCCAUUGACAAGAUCCCUUACGUGGACUACCCGGAACUCAAGUUCUCCAAGUACGAGAGCACUGAGAUGCCCUUCCGAUACGUCACUGACGCCGAGGGAAAGCCCAUCAUGCCCAAGGGUAUGUUUGAGCUCAUCAAGAUGGACUCUGAGAAGUCCCUGGACGACAUGCUCUAA